AUGAAUGUCAGCCUGCUCAUCCUACCGCUGAGUUGUCUAGCCAUCGGAUUAUGUAUCACCUCGUUGGCGCUGCCCUACUGGCGCUGUGGUUACUUCUUCUCAAUCUGUCUGCUCAGCCUGAUGCAGCUCAUUUCAGUGGUGCUGUUCUGUGGAGGACUAUUCAUCAUCUGUGUGGUCUUCAUCACCGACGUGUGUGGCGUCUGCAGCGACUCCUGGAUACCCGGUCAGGUGUGUGCCACCUUCAGGGUGCUGUUCAACGCCCUCGGCGUCUCCGCUAUGAUGGCGGGCAACAUCCUCUAUGCCUUCAUUUUCAUUGACUCCUGGUCGUUUAUACUUUCGCUGACGGGCAGUGUGAUUGCGUUCCAUGUGGUGCUCCUUUCCCUCUUCACCAGCCGAUGCCUCCAAAGCCGGUAG